GGCGUUUGCCACGUCUGCGGAUUUGAGGCGUGUGAAGCGUGGUUGGAUACGGAGCCUGGCGAAAAGGCACGGCUUCUGCAUCGUCUGGCUUUCCGCUCAGAAGCAGUUGUUGAAGUCCCCAAAAAUGGAAGCUACCUUUUGGACCCUCUUUCCCUUCGUGCUCGUGGCUUUUGGGACUGGAGCUCUUAUUCCAGAACCAGAAGUGAAGCUCGAGAUACUCCACAAGCCAUUCAUAUGCAAGAGGAAGACCAAGUUGGGGGACAUGUUGCUGGUGCACUAUGAAGGGUAUUUUGAGAAAGACGGUUCCCUGUUCCACUCCACCCACAAGUAUAACAAUGGCCAACCUACCUGGUUUACUCUUGGUAUAAAUGAAGUUAUCAAAGGUUGGGAUAAAGGUUUGGUGGGCAUGUGCAUCGGGGAGAAACGGAAGCUCACUGUUCCUCCGUCCCUUGGUUAUGGAAAAGAAGGGAAAGGAAAAAUUCCACCUGAGAGCACAUUGAUCUUCAAUAUUGAGCUUCUGGAAAUUCGAAAUGGACCAAGGUCUCAUGAGUCCUUUCAAGAAAUGGAUCUUAAUGAUGACUGGAAGCUAUCCAGAGAGGAGGUUAAAAUAUACUUGAAGAAGGAAUUUGAAAGACAUGGUGCAUUGGUCAACGACAGCCAUCAUGAUACUUUGGUUGAAGACAUAUUUUCUAAAGAAGAUGAGGACACAGAUGGAUUUAUAUCUGCAAGGGAGUUUGUGUAUAAGCAUGAUGAACUAUAAAGUAUUUGGAAGGAGUUACCAGAUAGGGGGGAAAUCAAGAGACUUUGCAAAACUGACACUUGUAGAAAUGUUGUUUGCAUGGAGCUGCCUGUUAACUCAUGUGGGGAAGGGAAAGUGCAUUGCAUAUUUUUCUACCUGACACGCAUUUUUUGAAACUGUAUACUGUAACUGUGGCCUUUUUAUAGAGUGAAAAUAACUUAAAACAGAUUUCUUAUGGAAAGUUCAUAUUUAUUUUGAAAACUAUGAAACAAACCUUUCUACUAACAAAUGAUGCUUAAGAACACACUAGCUUUUUCUACUUUCAGUUUGUCUAUUUUUAAAGUGCUAGCCUAAAAUAGAAAAGUAUGAUUGAUAUAAAAUGUUUGGUCCACUUCUAUGUCCUGUUAAGACUCACUCAAUUUUAAAAAUAGCAUUGGCCAUAUAUGGUCACACAGCAGAU